AAAACUCUGGGUUUGCGACCGUAGUGCUCGCUUUCCGGCCAACACUGAGGGCGCCUGAAGGCUGGUUGGGGUGGUGAGGCCCGAGGCAGGCUUUGAAAUCGACAGAGCAAGUAAGAUUAAAAGAUGGUGGCUUUUUCAGAUCACUUCAAACAGUGUGGUUGCGUGUAACCAUCAUGGACUACCAAACAGAGUGAAAUUGAUCUCAUCAGGCAGGUCCACAGAGAGAGAGGUCUUAACAUCCGUUGGUUCACUCCCUAAAUGGCCACAAUGGUCAGAGCUGGGCAAUCCAAAGCCAGAAGCCAGGAGUCUCCUCCGGGUACCCUACGUGGGUGCAGAGACCAGACCACUUGGGCCGUCCUCCACUGUCCACCACCCCCCUCCAGGCCAUCAGCAGAGAUCUGGACCAGAAGAGGAGCAGCCAGGACAGGAACUGGUGACCACAUAGGAUCUGCUGAGGCCGGGGCAGGAUGGACCCCGUAGUGCUGAGCUACAUGGACAGCCUGCUGCGGCAGUCAGACGUCUCACUGCUGGACCCCCCAAGCUGGCUCAACGACCAUGUUAUUGGAUUCGCCUUCGAGUACUUUGCCAACUGUCAGUUCCGUGACUGCUCCGACCACGUCUCCUUCAUCAGCCCUGAAGUCACCCAGUUCAUCAAGUGCACCAGCGACCCAGCCGAGGUCGCCUUGUUCCUGGAACCCCUGGGCCUCCCCAACAAAAGGGUUGUGUUCUUAGCCAUCAACGAUAACUCCAGCCGGGCAGCGGGGGGAACCCACUGGAGCUUGUUGGUUUAUCUCCAAGAUAAAAAUAGCUUUCUGCAUUAUGAUUCCCACAGCGGGAGCAACUCCGUCCACGCGAAGCAGGUGGCGGAGAGACUGCAGGCUUUCUUGGGCAGACACGGAGACAGCCCGGCCUUUGUGGAGGAGAAAGCCCCCGCCCAGCAGAACAGCUACGACUGUGGGAUGUAUGUGAUAUGUAAUGCUGAGGCCUUGUGCCACGGCUUCUUUGGCCAGCAGCCAGAGCCUCUGCUGCAGCUGCUCACCCCCACAUACAUCACAAAGAAGAGGGCGGAAUGGAAAGAGCUCAUCGCCAGACUUGCUAAAAAUUAGCUCCUGACGAGUAUCUGUGACAGCGGAGCCUCCUCCUCCUGCCUCCCCCGUGUGUCGGACGGCUGCAGUCUUCAUGCCUGAGGGAGGAGGCCCAGCGGGGGCACUGUGACCUCUUCCUGCCGGAGAGUGGGCAUCCUCUGCUUAUCUGAUGGAGGUUUUACUUAAACCUGACUUGAGAGCAGUAUGUGCUGUGAGUUAUGCACCAGAACCUUAACACCAGCUUAUCUUAGCAUUUAUUACACACAAAGUGCAAGGAAAACUUUUCUUACUGGUAUAAAAUUAAUCCCUGUGGUCUCCCUUACCUACAUGGGCUUAUUCCAAAAAAAAGGCAGUGAUCUGUAAAACAAAUCAGGAAUACAUGAAGUCUGGAGGAAUGAGAGAAGAAAGCCAUUUGGAAGAGCCAAAAAUCUAUUGCACCACAGCCUGUGUAAUUUACAAACUCCACUGGCCAGAAGCAGAUCACAGCCUGACCUCUGACCUCACCCCAGACCAAAUAUUACAAGAGUCAGUGAUCGGGUCUGUGAUCUCUUCCAUUCACCGUGCAAAGGCUUUCCCUUUGCAAAUAUUUGAUAAAAACGGUGUUGGCCCAUCUCCCUCCGUCUGGUUCCUGGAAUGCUUUAAGGACACACGGGAGAUCUUGAAUAACUGCAUACAAUGAAUGGCUGUGGUGGCCUCUCAGUGUGCUCAGCGGCCUGGCCGACCGGCUCCCCUCGUUGCUGGCCCCGGCCUUGGCUAUGGGCCACGCACGCUCCCUCCUUACGUCGCGUCCUCUGGUUCUAAAAUUCAUAGCUGGUAACGUCCCAGGUGUGCCUGUCGUUCCAAACACUCUGCCUGCUGGCAGUCACAGUUUUCCUCUCAAUCCUUAACCUGGCACAGUUGUUCGCGGUUCGGUCACGGUGGUUUCAGGACUAUUAGUGCAUCUGAAACUCGGACAUGAUUUGUUUUUGAAAUACAAAAGAAGAAAAGGGACCUUUCUCAACCCUUUCACUUAAUUCAGAAUGCAGAGUGUGAUUUUUAAACUGGAAUCCUGAGUAAAAACACCGCCCCCUCUCUGCUGCACAGAUGUGGUUUUGUAGUUAGUUCAGAUCAUUCACAAUCACAUGACAAAUUGGGCAUACACAUCAAUUCUGUUCCCAAUGAGGAUUACAGUACGUAGGAGACUUGAAAACCAAAGAUUAGCUUCAGCCGGGAAACUUGCUCCAGCUACCUCCCCAUCUCAGCUGUCCCCAGCCCCCCAGCCCAGAGUAACCUCACCACCCCAUGAGGCCAAGGCCGUAACUCAGUUCCUUUUAGCCACGAAGGGGAACACAGAACUGGUAAGUACAGGUUCCGUAGCAGGCCUGAGUGAACCGGAAUUGAAACUGGAAGUCAAAGAGAAAGCUCCAGAAGUUUCCAUUUCAACCCACUGUCUUGGGAAAAAGGGAACCCAGGAGCAGGUGUUUGCCUUAGCUCUUAAGAUUCCUGCAUACCAGGCUGGGCAUUUGUGCUGCCUGGCAGUAAAACCACGGCUUACAACACAGACAUCACAUAUCACAGUGGCAGUUCAAGUCUGCCUGUUCUAGCGCUCUGCUAAUGUGCCUGGGGGGCAGCAGAUGAUGGUGGCCUAAGUGCUUGGGCCACUGACACCCACAUGGGAGACCGGAAUGGAGUUCCUGGCUCCUGGCUUCAGGUUGGCCUGGCCCUAACUGUUGUGGCCAUUCGGAGAGUGAGCCAGCAGAUGGAGGAUUCUCUCUCUCUCUCUCUCUCUCUCUGCCUUUCAAAUAAAUGAAAACAAAUAAAUGCCUUUUCUAAGUAACAGAAUUUAAGGUUGGUUUGUCUGUUAGUAUUUCACCAGAUACUGUAAUAGCGCGGGGAGUGGUGCACCUGCUUAUACAGCAUUGUCACAUGAUACAAAAUAGGAAGAUCUUUCUGCUGGCAUUGUGUUCCCUCCUCUCUCAGAG